AUGAGGCUGCUGUUGUUGUUAGCUCGUAAUCAAUUUUUGUGACCUACGUUUAUUGUUUUAUAUUCGAAUGUUCCUGGAUUUAUUUAUUUUGGCGGCUCAUCAAGCUAAUCCAGAUGGGUAAGCUAUCACGAGUCAAAUGUCUGAUAAGCGCGUUGCAUCCUCAACGAGGAAUGUGUUGACUUAUCCAAUUUGCUCUUUUCUAAUAAUUAAGCCACCUAUUUAGUCAGUAUUUUUAUGUUUAAAUGUAUUUUCUUCACACCUGCUUGCCCAAUGUUUGCAUUCCGUAUUUUGUAUAUGAUUAAAAACCGGGGUGGGAAAUUUGAACGAUAUUUUUCUCGCAUUCAUUUAUUUUCAUAUUUUACCAGAGAAAAUAGUUUCCAAGUUGUUCGCGAAGCAGUUUUUAACGUGGGGGAAUUUCCGUGUAAUAAUAAUAAUAAUAAUAAUAAUACUAAUAAUAAUAAUACUAAUAAUAAUAAUAAUACUACUAAUAAUAAUAAUAAUACUAAUAAUAAUAAUAAUAUAGUACAGUGGCACCAAAUAAAGUACAAAGCCUGGGGGAAUAUUUCGGAAUUUCCACAUCAUUUCGUAUCACCCCUUUUAUUUUCAAUAUUUAUUGUCAUAACCCUACCCCGGCAUUUACCCACAUUAAUUAUGAACAUUUUAUCGCAUGCUAAAAAGUCAUAAUAAUGCCAUCAUCCUAAUUUUAAAAUUAAAUUUAAUAAUAUGUCAUCAAAAUAAGCGUAGCCUGUUGUUUUAUCGUGAAUAAUCGAUCAAUUGAUGAACAUAACUUUUCUUUUUUAACUACUCAUUCAAAAUGUGUUGCGGCGUCUUGCUAAAUGUUGUUAAUACGGGUCUAAGCGGGCCAGGGACGAGCAGGCCCAUCUACCCAUGAAAAAAGCCCAAAUACGGAAAUAACCGGGCCGAGCGAGGAUUCGGCCAGGCCGACCCGUUAGCACUAGUCCGCCGAUAAAUCUUCGGCGGGAACACAAAAUCGUGGGUCGCCGGAGGGAAUGAAGGAGGAGCGAGUGGCCAGCGACCGCGGCGGAUAAUGGAAUGCGGGGUCGGGACACGGCGGCGGCGAUCCACCGGCUGCGGCGAGUGGAGUGGGUCCUGAAGCUGGACAAUGUCGCCGGCAUCCGCGUCGUCGAAGGCGUGGUGGAGCGCCGUUCGCGCGCUUGCCUCCGCCUGGCCCUGGGAGGUUGAUCACGGGGAGGAACCAGAGACAUCAGCCUUGUCGCCGGCUUCUUCGCCGUCGUGUUGGUCCGCGAACGCUCAUGAUUCGGAUGCCGGCGGGAGGGCUUUCUCUCGAGAUCGACCUCAUGAAAGCUGCAUUGCGGGAAACAGUACGGCGACUCGAGGUAGACACGAGCGGGCGAGGAGGGAUGGUGGUGAGGGAUGUGCAAGUGGAGAGUGUCGCCGAUGGCGAGCAGAUGACGGACGAGUUGGUAAGGAGGGCGGAUAUGGCGACCACUGUAUAAUUUUAUUAUUUUUCAUUUGUCCUCAUUUCCUGUCCGGGACGUCGUUGGGUAAUCGAUGGUGCUGUUAAGUAAACAUGUGCGAUUUCUGUGAAUUUCACAAAGUCAUAUGUCUAGGAUUGUACAGUUGAACCACACUUCCUGCUUAGCACUGCCAACUUAUGCGCAUUCUUUCUGGAGAGUUUGUUAGACACAAGGGCCAUUAUGACACUGUUCGCAAGUUUGGAUUGGAUCCAGAAAUUGGUUUUAUAUGGAUUAGACCUGGGAACUUGGAGGUUAUACCCUGUUUAAGCUGACUCGUAUUUCACCCAUUUUGGAAUCCAUUCCAGCCAGCAAUAUGAGCUACACAUCAUCAAUUUAUUUAUUAACUGUUUUUUUUUCUUAAUACAGAUCUUCCCAAACUGCUGUUGACUGGAUAAUUGCAAAACCCAUUACCAUGUGUGUAGGAAUUGGAAGAGAAGCUCUCUAGUUGCCCUUCCAUCAGAUUUUUAGGAUGUCCUAUCUUUGGUGCUUUAUUAGUGAAAAGUUUCAUAGAUUGUGGAGAAGAUUGAGUGACACCUAGUGACCACAGAUGUUCAGAUUGAAGAGAGAACAAAUGGUGCAGAAAUGAUGCCCAGAAACCGCAGGCGCCUUCUGUGGAGAAGAAUUUUCAUCUCAUCUUCUGACACCCCCUAGGUUAAUGCUAUAAGGGAUACAUGCUUAGUGGACUCAAAGGUGGCCCAAGUGGGUACAAGGUCUAAUGAUCUCAAAAGACCCUUACUACUUCCCAAUAUUUCUCAACACUCCCCCUCAAGCGUUGCAUAUAUGUCAUGUAUGCGUAAUUUACUUGGUACAGAAUUUAGUUACUCUCUCAUGAAACCUUUUGAAGACACAUCUGUUGCAUGAUUUCCAAAGUGACCAUAGGAAAUACGAAGACCUCCAGAGUCAAGUUUCUCCUUGAUAAAAUGACACUCUAUCUUACUAUGCUUGCAUCUAUUGUGUUGGUUGGAUUAUUAACAAUAUUUAUUGAAGCCUUAUUAUCACAAUAAGACUUCCCAGAAACAUUUAAAGCUUCGUUGGAGGACAGAUAUGGAUACGAAUAUCUUGAAGAAGUAGUUGAAGCCAGUGUAGCUCAGUCAAAUAAUGUGCUAUAACUUUGUAUUCUGCAUCAGCGCCAGAGCUGGUCAUAAUUGUUUGUUUUUUACUCCUCCAUGUCGUAAGAAUCCCUCCAAGAUAGGCACAAUGACCUGUAGUAGCAAUUUGCAAGUGGUGAAAUUUGGAAUACAAUAUAUACCUCCGCUUGCAUAUAUAACUUGAUGUACAAUAGAAUUUGAUCCACAGUUUUCAUAUGGGAGUCCCUUGGAGGAUGAACGAUUUGACUGACUACACUCACGGCAAAGGUAAUGCCAGGUUGAGUAAAGGUUAGAAAGAAAAGUUUACCAACAAGCCUUGAUAUAUGCUGUUGUCACAAUCAGAGAGAAGUAUGCCUUCUUAUUCAUGCAGGUCAUGAUUUACAUUGACAGGAGUUUCAGUAUGGUUCACGCACUCGAGUCUACUGGUCUCUGGUAAAAGAUUAAAUGCAUAUUUUCUCUGACACAUGCAAACCCUUUCAUUUGAUUCAGGCACUUCGUUGCUAAGGAAGUACCUGAGAUUAUCAAGACAUUUUGGUUUCAAAUUCCUUAGUCCCUUUAUCUUUAAUAGUUUAAUCUCUGCAUCAUCACCUGUGAUCAUUGUAUCACCAACAUAAACUACUAGGAUACAAAGCCUUUCUUCUUGCCAUUUUGUGAACAGGGUAUGAUCACCACCACUGCUCUCUCUAUAGUUGAUAGUGAUCAUGACUCAUCUAAUUUUUUUUCAAACUAGGUUUGUGGAGAUUUCUCCAAGUAGUACAGAGAUUCCUUCCUUGAGUAGGGUAGCCAGGUGGGCACUGCAUAAUAAUUUCCUCUUGAAGGUCUCUACUCAAGAAGGCAUUUUUCCCAUCAAAUUGGUGGAGGUUCCAUUGAUAUUGAUCAGCUGGUGAAAAGAUAUCCCUAA